AAGCGCUGCAGCCAAGGUCUGAGUAGUCAGCAACGCCAAAACAUAACACGAGGUUCAAAAAUACAAAGGGACCUUUUAACAAUCUAUGCUACGGCUGUAUCUAAGAGGGUGAAUUCAAGCAGGAUCACCCGGUUAUUCUCUCCAAGGAAUCUACACUGCUUUCAUUCCCACGCUGGAACUAUCCAUUUUGGCUGAUUAGUAAGGAGGAACUAGAAGAAACCCGUUACAGAAUCAAACACCACAACAGGACCAAGCGGCGUGGUGACAAGCAGCGGCAGCAGGAGCAGCGAUCACAGGACUUCUGGACUUGGGAGGAGAUAUUGGACGGAAAAGGACCCUGGGCACAGCCUGGAGAAUAUCGCCGUCCCAAGGAAGAACUGGAGGCGGCGAAAGCGGAGAGGCGCUGGUUUAAAGAGGCAGCACGGCGACGCUGUUGGAAGCCCGAGAGUCAGCCCCAAAACUUUCUUGGGGGGGUGGCUCACAGGGAGUAUGGCUACGCCAGGGCACAGUGUUGAAUUCGUGGAAGGUGGUGUGGGUGGUGUUGUCUGAUGAUGGUGUGGAGUUCUUCAAGAGAAAGGCAGACAGUGCCCCCAAAGGAAUGAUCCCACUGAAGGGAGCUGUUCUGACCAGCCCCUGUCAGGACUUCAGCAAGAGGGCGCUGGUUUUUAAGCUCAGCACGGCCAAGAACCAGGACCAUUUCUUCCAGGCCACCCACCUGGAGGAGAGAGAGUCCUGGGUGAAGGACAUCAAGAGGGCCAUCACCUGUCUGCAGGGGGGCGUAAAGUUUGCCAGGAAGUCGAUACGGAGGUCCAUUCGCCUCCCUGAUACCAUCAACCUCAGUGAGUUAUGUAUUCUAAUGAGAGACCAGGAGAAUGGGGUCAAAGAGCAGAAGCUGGAAAAGGAGAAGAGAAUCUACAAUCACUGCUUCACAGGUGGUACGGUGGUGGACUGGCUGAUCUCUAAGGACAAGGCCAGGAACAGGCCUGAGGCUCUGAUGUUGGCUACAGGACUCCUGAACGAAGGAUUCUUACAGCCCGCAGGGGACGUUUCCAAAGAGGGGGUCGAGGGAGGGGCAGUGUCCAACGUCCUCGAUGAGCCAAAUGCACUCUACUACUUUGCAGACAGUGGGUUCUUCUGUGAAGGCUACUCCAGUGAUGAAGACGUGAUUGUGAAGGAGGAGUUCAGGGGUAACAUCGUAAAACAGGGCUGCUUACUCAAACAGGGACAUCGGAGGAAAAACUGGAAGGUGCGGAAAUUCAUCCUCCGGAACGAUCCCGCUUAUAUUCACUAUUACGACCCCACCAAGGGUGAUGAGUACCCUCUAGGCUCUAUCCACCUGCGAGGGUCUGUGAUCACAGCGGUGGAGUUUGUUCCUGAUGCCAAGAGGUAUGAUGUUGAUGGGAAUCUCUUUGAGAUCAUCACUUCAGACGAGACACACUAUUUUCUCCAAGCGGCUACAUCUGAGGAGAGGAAGGAGUGGAUCAAAGCCAUCCACACUGUGUCAAAAACCGGAAAAUAAUCACAACAAGAUCCAUAGCUACUCUUAACACCUCACAUGAAGGGAUAUGGAAUAUGGACGGACAUGUUCAAAACAUUGUUGCAGAGCCAGAAGGUAUCCGAACCGAUCUGAUCUGAAUGAUCCUAAACUCUGCUUUUAAGGUUAUGUCAAGAGUUUUAGGUUUAAUAUUGUAUUUAUGUUGAGUGAUUAUGAAUUUCCUCUUCAUAUAGAUCAAAUGCUCCCUCACUUGCUUUUCAACAUUCAACAGGAUGUGGAGGCACUCUCACCUUUAGAUAUAUUUAUCACAGGCAGGCUGUGAAGAAGCGUGCAAUGAUCUCUGUGUAGAAAGGUGUGAAGUUCUGUAAUGGCUUCUGGUGUGGCCUUCUGCUUUUCCUUCCAGCUGCCUGACAGAAAUCAUUGUCUUACAUCAGAUAGCUUGUCGAUUUUGCCUGCACCGGUUGAGGGACGAGUGUCACGGAGGUUUGAAGCCACCUGACUUGAGACAAUAGUGAAAAAUAGGACAGUUCGAAGAAUCUCAACAUUGCAGCCAGUUCCUAUGACCAAACAAACACAUCAUAUCCUGCAAAUCAUUUCCGAACUCUGAGGACCCGUCACUGUGGUUUUCAUGAUGUUUCUAACUCAUAUCACUUGAUGUACACAUGGUCUCUGCACUGGCUGGAUGUGGCUGUGUACUAUCUCCAUUGUCUGUCAAAAAGCCAUUACAAUUCUUUGUUCCACAGUAUUACAUAUGUUAAAUAAAGAUCUACUCCUUGUC